UUUUCUGUCGCCCAACAUCCAAAAUGGCGUCCCCCACAGUCCUUUGUCGCCCCUUCACCGCCUUCCACAACGACUCCCCCAUCAUCGUCGACGACAACGCCCAUACAACAGAAGCUGAUCAGCUCAUCUUUGGGCCCCUCGAUCUCGACGACAACCUCCACCUAGCAAACUCAAACAAUAUUUCCCUCCAAUGGGAUCCUUAUUCCGUCCACGACAUCGACACAAAGUCCCCCUUUGCCUUUGACGCUGCCGCAGUCAUGCCCAUGUCCGCAUACGAGUACGGGCCACCCGAGGUAUCCCCCACAGGCAGUUAUUAUGACUCGGGGACCAACUUUUACAGCUCGGAGCCGGUCAAGAACUCACCGUCGCUGGAGGAUAAUUUGUAUCUGGCCAACUGGAUCAACGAUCCCGAGCUGUCUGCCCCCUCUCCGUCGUCACCGAUAUCUAUUCCAUCACCAUCGGACAUGCACACGUCCACCGCAGCCUCGUCUUUCUCAGCUUUCGGUGAUCACACCCAGUUCUCCGCAAACGACCCCGUCUUUUCACCGUCAUCGUUUGCGGCUCUCCACCCUCUUCCAUCUUCAGUCUCGCCUCCUUCGUCCUUCGAAGACCCCCAGCCAAUCCGACAACGCGUCAAUUCACUUAACCCCGCAGACAUGUCGCUAUCCAAGCCCUCUUGGGCCUCCCAUCUCUGGGACACCUCUGCCAAUUCACUUCGCUCUCCAUCUAUCAUUCGUCCGUCCGUCCGCCAUUCUCCGUUGUCAGACGGAACUAUGCGUCAACGAGUUCCCAUGCGACGGGGGUCACACUCUUCUAGCCAAACCUUCCAGUCGUCAAGUGCACCAUCACUCACAGAACCUAGAGCCCCCAGCAUGACUAGAGCUUACAGUCGCCGCUCCGAGUCCGUCGUCAGCAAUGGGGAAGACCGUGAUGCCACUAUUCGACGAAAGAAGCGCUCGCCUCCCGUAGAAGACUAUGGGUCAUCAGCGGAGAAAUCCUCCGAGCCUCCUUCGAAAUCCCUUCUCAAGCCUCCCAAGUUGGCCCCGUCGGCUUGGCAGUUGUACUUUACCGACUGGAUCCAAAAGCAGCAACGAUUGGGUACCCGCAAACUAAAUGUUGCCCAGGCAGCUAAGGAGGCCGGUCAAGAGUAUGCAUCGCUCAGCCCUGAAGAAAAGGAGCCCUAUAAGCGGCGUUCACAGGCCGCGAAGGAAGCUCGAGAGAGGGAGCAUGAAGCUUACAUGCGGACCCUUACCCCAGACGACAUCAAACGCGAGAACGCGUUUCGGGCUGCCCAGCGAAAAGCUGGCAAGUCUCGAAAGGGUAACAUUAAGGACCCUAACGCUCCGAAGAAGCCCCUCUCCGCCUACUUUAUGUUCCUUCAGCGCAUCCGCGCGGACCCAAAGUUGGUCAAGGAGAUUUUCGGUGACGAGACUGAGACCACCAAACAGAGCGUCCUAGCGGCCGCUAAAUGGCGCUCAAUGACGGAUGCGGAACGGCAGCCGUUCUUAGCACAGGCUGAGCAAGAGAAGAUGGAAUACGAAGCUGCUAGACGCCUGUACGAGGAAGGAACCACGGGUUAUGGUACGAACAUCAACUUCAGCAUUCUCCAAAGCCCUGCCUUCCCCACCAUCAAGUUGGAAUCAUCGGAGAGCGAGAGCGAAAGUCUCGUUCAGGAUGAUUCCGAGAAGCCAUCUGUAUGAUUUCCUUUCACCGUCUUCUUUCUUCGUUGUACUUUUAUACCUCUUCGAUCUCUUUAUAUCCAUGACACGACCUAUCACGACGUUUCUCUUCAUGGCCAUACCCUUGUUUAUCGGGCCUCUCCCCUUUGAUCUGGUGUUUUAAUAUUAUUGCCCCUCGUCAUGACGAUGCUUUGGACCACUGUAUAUCAGAUACCUAUGUCGCUGUAUUUCUAGAACUUUUCCUCUCUUCGGCUUGCUUGUUCCUCGAGACACCUAUGGGUAUUACGCCGGAAACCACGACGGUAUAUAAUAUACGACCACCCCCCUGCUCACUACUGUACAUUAGGACAUGUAUUCCUGAUAAAAAGAACAUUGUAUUGUAA